AAAAAAAAAAAAAGCUGGAGACAUCUCUAGAAGCAAAGCAAAGUUUAUUAUCCGUCCUCUUGAGAAUCGGGCCCACUAUCAAGCAAUCGAAGGCAGGAAACACAGUAGGGGGCAGGGUCAACACUUUUAAUCCCUAACGCAAAUACCCCUUCCCAUCACUGACCCUUGUCCUUAUUGGCUGAGGAUCUUACAUUCUAAACUCGAGAACUACCCAAGAAAUUGAACUUGACCAAUAAGUACAUAGUUGCCCAUAUCUGACCUAAACAGAAAGACACUGAUGUUAUAGGAGGAUAACAAGGGGACUUAAGUAUGCCCUUAGGAGCAUUGCAGGGAGGGGGCUUAAGUAUGCCCUUGACUUAAUGCUUAAAGUCUUUCAGGCCUACUCAAACUUUGAAAUAGAUGAAGCCUUAUUCGAUUUUCACAACUGUCUUGAAAGAUCUCACCUCAUCUCAUCUAGUAAUAACUUUAACAGUUAUCUGGAGACUGGAGUGAAGCCAAGUGAAAAGGCAGGGAGACAAUUAGGAACUUUGUCGUCUAUUAGAGGUCUUUCAUAAAUCAUAAUGAUGUGGUUAGUGGCAGUGCAGAGUGUUGGGAAUCCCCUUCUGGUCGGCGCAGGCUCAACGUGAAAGAAUUCACGAACCCUAAAUAGUAGUGGCAAAAAAAGGAAGUUUAUUGGCACUCUUCACAAUGGACAGGAGUCCGGGCAGGCAGCUAUGCCAAGGAGCAAAGCAUAUUAUUUAGGACUGCUGCAAAAAUGUGGAGUUUAGAAUUGCCCUUUAUAGAAGUCUGAGGCUCAGGUUUCAAGUUGAAAAGAAAGCCUAGAUACUUAUCAAUAUCAGGCUCAGAUCUCCCAACUGAAUGAAAAUCACUUGAGUGAAUUUGGAAUUUCCUGAAAAGGGUAAGCAUUCCCAAAAGAUCAAUGGUGGUGGUGGUGGGAGACCAGAGUUAUUUGCCUUAGAAAAGCCCAGUUAAAUGAUACCACUUAAUUUGUCUGGGGAGAGAAUGCUUUUCCCAGAGGACCUGAGACUCGAAUCUCCCUUUUUUACUGAUCAGAGGGUACACAGUUUAGGGUUCACCCCUGUCAAUAAGAUUUUAAGAUGACUUUUUGGGUACAUACUUGAAAUUGAAUUUCAUACUAAUAAAAAGUUAUGUUUUAUUAGAGUAAAUGAGAAAAUAAUAACUAGAGAGUAAACUUUUGCUAUAUGCUCUCUCUAGUAGGAGGGCUGCAUCUAGUCAGUCUAAUUCAAAUUCUUUGUCAGACACUAGUUAGCUGUGUGACUCCAGACACACCCCUUAAUGUCUGUCAGCUUUCCCAUCUGUAAAAUGGGGCCGAUCGAUAAUAAUAGCAUCUACCUCAUAGGGUUGUUGUGGGAAUAAAAUGAGGUAACUGUAAAGUGCUUUGCAAAUCUCAAGUGUCUCCGCAUAUAAUCAUAUUCUAAUUUUUAAAAGGCAGGAUUUUAAGAUUUUAUUUCCAAAUACAGAAACAUCAGCAGAAAUUCAACAAGCUAGGGACGUUGGAAGAAUAAUUUUGAAAAGGGAUGCAAUAAUUUUUUACUGCUUUUAAACUGUAGAACUGCUAUUUGCAUGAGGUGGUCAUCUUAAAUUACCCAUUUCUUUUCUAUAUAAAGUUGAGAAUUUUACACACAUAUCCACACACGCCUAGUAUUAAAAUGAAAAUCAUGGAACAAAAAUGAGAUAGGAAAUAGGGGAAAGGUAAGGUUAGAUUUCAAUUGAGUUGCCCCACAUUCGGCAUCUCAGAACUCUUAUCUCUCCAGUUAAUUUUAUUUCACAUAUUUAGUCUACAUCGUGCCCCGCCUUUGGGUAUGGGUGGGGAGGGGACGACGGGUAUUUGGCCGAUCUCUUGCUGUGGCAUCCAGAUAGCACACAUUCUUGGAUUAAGUUGUGGAAAUAGUUUGUAAUUUUUUAUUUGAAUUUUUCUGGCGGGAAGAAGCAGCAUGACGGACUAGGGCUCGACUGCCAAUCACAACCUGAGCCAGUCUCCCUUCCCCCGACUUCCACGCGCCAAAAUUCCAAACAAGCCGCUUCACCUGUUUCCGCUCCCUCCGCCACCUCCAAGGCGCCGGGACUACAAAGAACGCAAAGAAGUCCCUUCGGAGCCUAGCCAGUCCCUCCAAAUCGCUGAGGUUCUUUUCCUCCAUCCCCACUUGUCCCGUAAAGGGUGAACCAGAACUGGCCUCCGUGCCGAAGCGCCGACGAGGGGCGGGGUCUGCCGCGCAGGGAUCCGGGGCGGGCCCCGCGUUCGCCGGCGGGGAACUUGUGGCGCCAGAAUUCGUAGCGCGGAAGAGCCCGGCGCUGCCGCCGCCUCCUCCCGGUCAGCUCUUGUCCCUCGCCCGCUUGGAGGGAAGAAGAUGGUGAUCCUGCGUAGCAGCUCCGAGCUGCACGGCCGCACCCCGGCCUCGGCAGCUGCGCGGAGUUCGGCCGCGGAUGCGGGCGGCGGCAACUUCUCGGACCCUCUGGACUCGAGUUCCGAGUUCCUCACCUUGGAGCCCCUUGGCAGCCGGAGGAGGCAGCUGCGCUACAGCAGCGCCAUGGGUAAGGCGGCGGCGGCCGCCACCUCCGCCGCCUCCCCCGCCUGCGUGACUCGUUCUUCAGUUAAGGAAGUUGAAAGUUUCAGUACACAUGCAUUAAGAUCAUUGAGGAAAACAGAACAGCAUUCUUCAGACUCUAGUUUUGACAAGAAUAUGGAAAUAUCAAGUGAUACAACUAAUGGAAGACAUUUUACAAGGCAGUUGGCCAGACAGCAGGCUGAUAAUAAAAAAAAUGAAGAUUGUAAAGAAGACAAAGUGAUUCCAGUUACUCGGUCAUUGAGGACUAGAAAUACUGUUCAAACUACAGAGCAUCUUCAUGAAGAAAAUGGUGAUGUAGAAGUUCGCCGAAGUUGUAGGAUCAGAAGUCGUUAUAGCACUGUGAAUCAGUCUGUACUGUUUGACAAACUUAUAACAAACACUGCUGAAGCUGUAUUGCAGAAAAUGGAUGAUAUGAAAAAGAUGCGCAGGCGUCGAAUGAUUGACUUGGAAGACUUAGGAGUAUUUAAUGAUGCUGAAGAAGAAAAUCUUGACAUGUACUCUAGAGGAAAGCAAAAAAAUGUUCAAAGAACUGAUGAAGAAACCACUGAUAAUCAGGAUGGCAGUGUAGAAUCUUCUGAAGAAGGUGAAGACCAAGAAGAUGAAGAUGAAGACGAAGAUGAAGAUGGUGAUGGAGAAGAAGAUGAAGAUGGAGAAGAAGAUAAUCAAAAACGCUAUGAUCUUAGACAAAGGAAGACUGCUGUACAUUACCAGGCACCUCUGGAAAAACCUCGGCACCAGAGAAAACCUAACAUGUUUUAUAGUGGCCCAGCCUCUCCUGCAAGACGAAGAUACCGAUUUAGUUCUGCAGGACCAAGAAGCCCUUACUGUAAAAGGAUGAACAGGCGAAGGCAUGCAAUCCAUAAUAGUGAUUCUACAUCUUCUUCCUCUUCUGAUGAUGAACAACAUUUUGAGAGGCGAAGAAAAAGAAGCAGAAAUAUAGCUAUUAGCAGGUGCCUUCCAUUGAACUUCAGGAAAGACGAGUUAAAAGGAAUUCAUAAAGAUCGAAUGAAAAUUGGUGCAAGUUUGGCCGAUGUUGAUCCAAUGCAAAUUGAUUCUUCAGUACGAUUUGAUAGUGUUGGUGGGCUUUCAAAUCAUAUUGCAGCUCUUAAAGAGAUGGUGGUGUUUCCGUUGCUUUAUCCAGAAGUUUUUGAAAGAUUUAAAAUUCAGCCACCAAGGGGUUGUUUGUUCUAUGGCCCUCCUGGAACUGGAAAGACACUUGUUGCCCGGGCACUUGCCAAUGAAUGCAGUCAGGGUGAUAAAAGAGUGGCCUUUUUUAUGAGGAAAGGUGCUGAUUGUUUGAGUAAAUGGGUAGGCGAAUCCGAACGACAACUACGUUUGUUAUUUGAUCAGGCUUAUCAGAUGCGUCCUUCAAUUAUUUUCUUUGAUGAAAUUGAUGGUCUGGCUCCUGUUCGAUCAAGCAGACAAGAUCAAAUUCACAGUUCCAUUGUAUCUACCUUACUAGCACUUAUGGAUGGAUUGGAUAGUAGGGGAGAAAUUGUUGUAAUUGGAGCUACCAAUAGACUGGAUUCUAUAGAUCCUGCUUUACGAAGACCUGGCCGAUUUGACCGAGAAUUCCUUUUUAGCUUACCUGAUAAAGAUGCUCGGAAAGAAAUUUUAAAGAUUCACACAAGAGAUUGGAAUCCCAAGCCAUUGGAUAUGUUCCUUGAAGAACUUGCAGAAAAAUGUGUUGGAUACUGUGGUGCAGAUAUUAAGUCCAUAUGUUCUGAAGCCGCUCUCUGUGCUCUGCGUAGACGUUAUCCUCAGAUAUAUACAAGUAGUGAGAAACUACAGUUGGAUCUCUCAUCAAUUAACAUCUCUGCUAAGGAUUUUGUAGUAGCAAUGCAAAAGAUAAUACCAGCCUCUCAAAGGGCUGUGACAUCACCGGGACAGGCACUGUCUGCUAUUGUGAAACCUCUCCUUGAAAGCACUGUUCAUAAGAUCUUAGGGGCCAUACAAAAAGUGUUUCCACAUGCAGAACUUGGAGCAAACAAAGGACCAAAGUCAGAUGUUCCCGGGCCUCUGCUAGAAAGUGACUUGGCAUAUAGUGAUGAUGAAGUUCUCUCAGUAUAUGAAAAUGGACUUCCACAGAAACCCUUCAAUAAAACAAAAGAAAAUGUUAAUUUCCUUCAUCUCAAUAGAAAUGCUUAUCACCAGCCUACAUCUUUUCGACCAAGAAUCUUGAUAGUAGGAGAGCCAGGAUUUGGGCAGAGUUCUCACUUGGCACCUGCUGUGAUUCAUGCUUUGGAAAAGUUUACAGUAUAUACCUUGGACCUUCCUGUUCUUUUUGGAGUCAGUACCACAUCUCCUGAGGAAACAUGUGCCCAGGUGAUUCGUGAAGCUAAGAGAACAGCCCCAAGUAUAGUGUAUGUUCCUCACAUCCAUCUGUGGUGGGAAACAGUUGGAUUAACACUUAAAGCUACUUUUACUACAUUGUUACAGAAUAUUCCCUCGUUUGCUCCAGUUUUACUACUUGCAACUUCGGACAUACAACAUACUGCUCUUCCAGAAGAGGUACAAGAAUUAUUUAUAAGUGAUUAUGGGGAAGUUUUCAAUGUCCAAUUGCCUGGUGGUGAAGAAAGAACAAAAUUUUUUGAGGAUUUAAUUCUGAAUCAAGCUGCUAAGCCUCCUACAUCCAAAAAAAAAGCAGUUUUACAGGCACUGGAGGUCCUACCAAUAGCUCCACCACCUGAACCAAAGCCCUUGACAGCAGAGGAAGUAAAACGGCUUGAAGAACAAGAAGAGGAUACAUUUCGUGAACUUAGAAUUUUUUUAAGAAAUGUUACUCAUAGACUGGCUAUUGACAAACGCUUCAGAGUAUUUACCAAGCCUGUUGAUCCUGAUGAGGUUCCUGAUUAUGUCACUGUAAUAAAGCAGCCAAUGGACCUAUCAUUAGUUAUCAGUAAGAUUGAUCUCCAUAAAUAUCUGACUGUGAAGGACUACCUGAGAGAUAUUGAUCUCAUCUGUAGUAAUGCCUUAGAAUAUAAUCCUGAUAGAGAUCCUGGAGAUCGACUUAUCAGACAUAGAGCCUGUACUCUAAGAGAUACUGCCUAUGCAAUAAUUAAAGAAGAACUUGAUGAAGAUUUUGAACAGCUAUGUGAAGAAAUUCAGGAGUCUCGAAAAAAGAGAGGUUGCAGCUCUUCUAAAUAUGCACCAUCUUACUAUCAUGUGAUGCCAAAGCAGAGCACAACUUCUGUUGAUGGUAAAAGAUCUGACCCAGAACAAAAUGAAAAGCUGAAGAUGCUCAAUGCUCCUGUGGCCUGUAGUACUCCUUCACUUUAUAGUGCUCCAUCAAAGAAAAAGAUUCGAAGAAAAAGUAAAUGGUACUUUGGCACCAUAAAAAAAAGAAGGAAGAUUUCUCAAGCCAAAGAAGAUAGCAGAAAUACAGAAGAUGACAAAAAUGAGAGUGAUGGAGAUCAAGAAAAUCAUGAUACUAGUAUAGACCAUAAUGAGGCUGAAGUCACAGGAGAGUCUUCAAUGGAAGAAAAUGAAAAGCAGCAAAAUGGUUCUGAAAAUAAAACUGAGACAGAAAAUAAAAGUAUUUGUGUUACUUGUGAUAAUGUUGUGAAUGAACCUGAAAAGGAAACUAAAAAGACUACAAUGAAUGCAGACUUAAGAAAAGAAAAGAUAACUUGCAAUGGAGAACUUGCUAACUGUCAAGUAACAGAAUGUUCUGAAGAUGUUGAGGCAAAGGAAACCUGUGUUCUUAGGAUGACUCGAGCCAGACGUUCCCAGGUUGAGCAACAGCAGCUCAUCAGUGUGGAGAAGGCUUUGGCAAUCCUUUCUGAACCCACGCCACCACUUAUUGUGGACCAUGAACAACUUAAAAAUCUUUUGAAGAUUACAAUUAAGAAAAGUCAAGAGUACAAUAUAUUUCAGUUGGAAAAAUUAUAUGCAAUAAUUAGUCAAUGUAUUUAUCAACAUCGCAAAGACUAUGACAAGACACAACUAAUGCAGCUCUGUGACACUAGGCAAGAUUUAAACUUUCUCAACAUGUUACCUCAUUUGAAAACUGAAGGGUUUACACUGGAUAAUCUGCAAGUUGUUUUCUGUCUCUAAAAUUACUUGAAGAAGGUCAAGAAUAAAAGACAUUUAAGCACAAGAGUUGAAGUCAGAGUACGUGAGUUUUUAAAAUCUUGACCCUCCUUAUCUCUGUGGCCUUUUAGUGAGGCGCUUCAUCUCUGGUCCUCAGUUGAGUGGGUUGGACUUAAAUGCCAGGAUUACUUUUGUUCUUAUGGCAUGAUUCCCACACAAUCUUGAUUAUCUUUUUCCCAACAAGCUUCAUCUUAUUUAAUGUCUUUGAAACCAUAUAUCAUUGAUUUACUCAAAGGGCCUUCAGAGAUCAUCUGAAUCAGUAAUGUUAAGCUCAAAAUAAAAACCAAGGCUAGCAAAUUUUAUCUAAGGAUUCCUAUGGGCCACACAUUGACUUGGCAAUUUUGACAUAUUUAUAAUAUGUUUUAUUGUAUUUUCUUUUUAAAAAUAUUUUCCAAUUACAUUUUAAUUUGGUUUGUGCUGCUCUCCCAUAUUGUAGGUUUCAUAGAACACAUUUUUGGCACCUCUCAUCUAGAUCAAAUCCUAACCAAAAUACAAAUUACCAACAGAAAGACUUUUGGAUAAUCCUAGAAUGUUCACAAUUCCCCCCAAAAAAAAUGUAACUAAAGAUGCUCAGUUUAGAAUAGGUAAUUAUUUGAUAUGAAGUGAACUAGAGUUUUUCUUGAUACCUCAAACAGCUUCCCAAUCAAAUUAAUAAAGAAUAUUUUUUACCUUGUUAAGAGAAAAUACUUAUUUUAAGGACUUCAGCAUGAUUGUUACAAAUAAAAGACUAAUGUAAGUAAGCAUUACCAUCAUUGAAGCAUAACAGAGUAAUUCUGCUUGAAUAGUUGAAUUACUGCAGAUAUUUGAAAAAUGCGGAUGAGAUUUCUACUUUCAUUCCUCAAGUUACAUAAUAUAGACUAGCUUCCCCCUUGUUUUAUCUAAAUUGUUUAUUGAGAGGUUUUACUAUAAUUUCUUUUCAUUUGAAUUUGUUGAAUAAUACACAAAACCACACUUGUUUUAUAAUUAUCAUUCUUGAGGAAUAGGUUGUUCAAUUUAGUUAAAAGCAAUAUAUUCCAUUUACCUCCAUUUCUUCCUUUGUAAAAUAGGGAUAAUAAUAGCACCCACCUUUUAAGAUUGUUCUGAGGAUCAAAUGAGAUAGCAUAUGUAAUAAAAGUUGAAAUUUUUUAUUAAUCAGGAUGAUUAAUUAGCUUGAAUUUACAGUCUCAGGGACUUUAGAAAUAUUUUAGUCCAGUCCCAGAAUUUAUCUGGAUUUUCUUCUCCAACAACAAAAUAAUUUUUAUCUUUGCUUUUGGGGAAACUUAGUAAGGGAAACCCCACCUCCUUCUUAAACAUAGAACACUUUCAAGGUCACAGCCCUUAAUUUGUAUUCUUAGAAAUGCAGGUCUUUUUUAAAAAAUCAUUAAAAUAUCAAAUAUUUUUGAUGAAAGCAUUUUUCAAUAUGAGGAGGCAGUGAUCAUUUUGAAAGAUUUCAAGAGUAGGCUUUUCUACAUUAUAUGAAAUCAUUGGUGUGGUUUACUUUUAUUUUUUCCUGGCAAUGGUUGGCUUGAAAAAUUUAGGCACUGCUGAAAUAUAAAAUGUUAUUUAUUGUAAAUGAAAAAUUGGGGGAUAAUAUUCUUUAAAACUUUGUAUCACAUCAAUCUUGGACUCGAUCUGAGGGUAUUUAGGUAAUAAAAUAAUAGCAUUAAAACUUA